CGCUCCAUUUCCUCCCUCCCUCUCUGAAGUUGCACAUGGUUUCUGUCUGAGAAGGUUUAGUUUCCUCAGGCCCUGGAUGGGAGAGGGAUGAUGCCAGAGAGCUUCAAGCAAACACACAUGUUCCAAAAUUAAGACGAGCCUUGAUCAGUUUCCUUCAGCAUUGAAAGACUUGCAAGAAUAUCUGAGAUAAUCUAGAUAUCAGACAGUUUUUUAGAUUGAAAAGGUGCCUUUUUCUUGCUCAAAUGGAAUAACAUCCUUUGUGGCUGAAUCCUAAAGUGCUUGCUUGUUGUUCAUCAAGUUUUUAAAUAUGUGGAAGUAAGACUUUUUGGGACUUUUGGGCUUGAUCUGUCUUUGGAAAACUGGGAAAUGUUUCACGAAUGAGGUACAUUGCUGACUGCCUUUGUUAUUCCUGGACUCUUGCUUUGUGGGAAAAAAAGGUGAAGAGGAUUGCAAUAUCACCUCCAUCAAGUUGGGCAUCAGCAAACUAGACCACAAGUUGUUUGUGAAGGAUUCUCAGAGGGAGGAAUCAUGAAAGCAGACAACUAUGGUGGAUAUGAGAACCAGCUUUUCAAAGAGGAGGAUUUCACUGGAGAGGAGGAAAUGCCUACAUUUAGAGGUCGCAGCAGAGGAGGCUGUAUGAGGUGCCAGCAGAGCCACUCUCUCCAGCUGGCUGUCAAAGUCCUCUAUGGAUUUGUUGCGUUCCUCAUCAUUACUGUGGCAGUGCUGGCGGCACUGGUGUUCAGGAAGGUUGACAGCCUGUCUGAGGAGGAGUCUGUCUACCACAAGAAGAUCACCAGUGUUCAGCAAGGAAUAGAAGAUCUGAGCUCCACCUCCAACUGUUCAGGCUGUCUGGAUGUGACCCUGUACAGCGAGGAGAUCAGCAGGCUGAAGAAAGAGUUUGAAGACAUCCAGAGAAUGAUACUAGGACAGGAGCAGGUCCUGGACCAGGUCUCCCAGACCCAGGGCACCAUCAAGGCCACCACCACCCGACUGACACGUGACAUGCAGAACCACCUCAUGACGAUCAAACUCCUCAACCAGUCGCUGGAAAGAUACCUGGAUCGGGUGGAGGGCUGGAAGGACGUGAUCGAGGAAACUGAAGAGAAAAUGAAGAAAAUGGUGGACGAUCAGUACAACAUCAAAGCUACAGCUCAGCAGGUUAACACGACAGUGGCACUCAGUACACUGUGGAUAGAUGCACUGCAGAGGAAAGCAGACGAGGAGACUCUGGUGCUCCAGAAGUUGACCAGCGACUGGCAGAACUACAGCCGAGUUCUGAGCACCCUCAAGUCCAACACGAGCAGCACCAUGCAAACGGUGCGCUUCCUCCAGAACAACAUAGUGGCAGAUCACCAGAGGAUCGCCAUGUCCACUGAGGUGUACUAUGACCUCACCCAGCAGGUGAUGAACCUGCAGAUGCAGCUUGACAAUGCGACGUCCUUUAUGGAUGAACACGAGGAAAACAUGCAUGACCUUCGCUACCAUUCCAGGUACUAUGAGAACCGGACAGGUGAGCGCUUCUCUGCAUUGGAUGGUCGCCUGAACUCCAUCUCGAUGGAGAUCGACACAGUCUCCUCCAGCAUCAACGCCACUGUCAGCCACGUCCAGAGCAUGUACAAGUACAUCAACAUCGAGAGCUCGUCCUGCCAGAGUCGCAUGGGCAGACACACAGAAGAUCUACAGAACCUGAACAACACUGUCUUGUUACUCCUCCACUUGGCCGACACACUGAGACAGCAAAACAUGUUACUGAAUGUUCGACUGGAUGUGGACAUCAGGAACCUGUCUAUGGUGAUGGAGGAGAUGAAGCUUGUGGAUGUUCACCAUAUCCAGCUCAUAAAGAACUUCACCAUACUAAAAGGUGCACCUGGACCACCAGGGCCAAAAGGGAACCGUGGCGAGACCGGCUCAAAAGGACCACAGGGACUGACUGGGAGCAAAGGUGACCGAGGCCCCAUUGGAGUCCGUGGAACUGUUGGAGAGAAGGGUGCCUCUGGGCCCAGAGGACCCACAGGUGAAUCAGGCCCCACUGGCAAUAGGGGGACAGUAGGCAUCAAAGGAGCUAAAGGGGCUCUUGGCCCACCAGGACCACGUGGUGAGAAGGGUGAGAAAGGUGAUAAUGGCCUUCCAGGUUUGGAAGGCCUUCCAGGACCCUCAGGGAAUCCAGGGAUCCAGGGUCAGGCAGGACUGCCGGGCAUCAUUGGGCCAGCAGGACCAAGGGGAAAACCAGGGCCAGUAGGGCCACCUGGACCACCAGGAACCCCUGGACCUCCAGGGUCGCCGUAUGCCAUGACCGAAUCAACACCUGGCAGCGGACCGUGACGCCUGCUACUGACUCGAAGAGACAGUAGAAAGAUGGACGAAGAUGUAGACUCAGAGAUGAUUUGUCUGGUACGAAGGUUCUUUACUGAUGAAAGGAUUGGAGACAGGAUAAUCCAUUUCUGUGGGAUUAUGUAUGACAUUUGAGAUUUUUAUCUUUAUGAACAAAUGCAACAAAUCAGAGUUGAGAUGGGGCUUUAAAGGAGGCUUCCUCUUGAUGUUAUGACACGGCCACAUGAAAGGAACCAAGAGGAAGGUCUAGAAAGUAAAAAACAGAACUGGACUGAUGAUCUGAGGUGGAAAAGAAGGGUUCUUAAGGUCAGAAAUGGACUGUGUUUGGACAGACUUUGAAUUUCAUUGAAGAAAAGUGCCAUCAUACAACACAUGGGUCUCAUUACUACUUCUGAUGAGUGUUUUCUUGUCCUCCAAAGCCAAAGAAAACCCAAAGAUAACAAUCUCCAUCCGUAUAUGAUGACAGUAUGAGAUUUUACCAGAAUUAAAAACUUGUCUUGUGUGACGAGAUUAUUGGGAAUAGAAAACAUAUUGAAGCUGAGGUCUUGCCUAGUUGAAUGUACUGGAAGCAAAGAAAAUGUUUGAGGUUAUUGUCAAGCCACCAAAACCUCCCGAGGCAUAAUAAAUAGGAGAGCUGUUAACCACAGAUUUGGACUAAAGUAGUGGUGUUUCCCGUUCAGACUACUCAAAGAUUUGCAAUCCCAUGCACUAGUAUAUGGGCUCAGAAAAAAAUGUCUUUGUGUUUUUACAUUGUGUAUGUAUCUAAUCAUCCUUUAUUGAUUGAUGGCACUUUGGUGUUUCUUAAAGUGCAAAGUUGAAGUCAGUUUGUUUAUCUUAUGGUAUUUCAGAGCAGGUACUCUGAAGGAUUUUUGGUACGGGCAAAACUUUUAUGGUCUGUGUUUGAAGAAGUUGCAGAAUUUAUGGCCUCUGAAUUUGGGCUCUGAUGAUCUUUGUUUUACAUGGUAUGCAACAUUUGUCUCUAUUGUUGCUAGAAGGAAUGAAAAAAGUAACUUUCUUGUUGAGUCCUGUUGACACAUUUAUGAGAACAUUUUGGGAAAUACACUCAUUUCUUUUCUUUCUAUGAGUUUGACGAGAAAAUAUAUCAAUCAAUUUAUUUGUCAUUUUAAAUCAUAUUAAUACAAUUUAAUGAAAUGUAUUGUCAGUUUCUACAAUUUGUGCAUUUAAAAACAGUAUUAUAACAAUAAUUAUAUGUCUAUGGGAGGGGUGUCUUAGGCAGGGUCUUCAUUUAGGAAACUUGUGGUCUCAGUGCUGGCCUGGUUUCUGACCUCAACAGGGAGAAAAGGCUGUAAUCAGAGUGGUUGGGAUCUUUAAUGAGGCUUAUUUUUGCAGCGCCUGCUGUAAACAUCACUACAAACUAGGUGUAGAGUAGUGCCUCUAUAGUGUGUUCAGCGGAGCAUUGCAGGGCCUUGUAGUCCUCUUUGGUGCUGUUUUCGCACCAGGCAGUGAUGUUCCCCGCCAAGAUGCUCUUGGUGGUGCAGGAGUAGAAAUUCCUGAGUAUUUAAGGAGAUACUUGGAAUUUCCUCAGGCGUCUAAGAUAAAACAGUCUCUGCCUUGUUCUUCUCCCCACUGAGUCAGUAUGCAGCACUCAGGUCUGGCUCUCAGCAAUGUGUACACCAAGGUACUUAAAGCUAUCCUCCCUCUCCACUGAGGACCCACCUGCUGAUAUAUAUAUGUUCAGGAGUAGGUUGUUGUCUUGACACCAGCAGAUCAGGUCCUCUACUUGUGUCACGUUGGCCUUUUCAGUGUUAUCUGUGAUCAGGCCAACCACAGCUGUGUCAUCAGCAAAUGUGAUGAUGGUGCUGGAGUCAAAGUAGCAACACAGUCCUGUGGUACAGGGAGUACAGCAGGGGGCUCAAAACGCAGCCCUGGGGUGCUCCGGUGUUAAGGAUGAGGGUGGAAGAGGUGUGUCUGCCCACUCUCACUACCUGGGAUCUGCCUGUCAGGAGGUGAAAGAUUCACAUGUACAGUGAGGUGUUUAAUCCCAGCUCCUUGAGCUUUGUGGCCAGCCUGGAGGGAACUAUGGUUUGAACGCUAAACUGUAGUCAAUGAACAGGAAUCUCGCAGAGCUCCCUUUCUUUUCCAGGUGAGAUAGGUUGGUCUGGAGGAUGUGCGCUAUGGUGUCUUCUGUAGAUCGGUUGAGACGAUAAGCAAACUGUAGUGGGCCCAGUGUGCUGGUUAGUGAGGACCAGAUGUAAUCCUUAACCAGCCGACCGAAGCACCUCAUCACUACAAAGGUGAGUGUCACAGGGCGGUAGUCAUUUUCUUGGGCACAGGAAUGAUGGUGGACUUCUUGAAGCAUGUUGGUAUGGCAGACUGAGCGAGGUUGAGACAGGUUGAGAAUCAUUGUAAACACCAACGUUAGUUGAUACCACUCUGAUGUCUGUGCGUGGCGCUGGAGCCAGGAGGUGAUUAGCCUGGCUUAGCAUACAGACUAACUGUAGCUGACUGUAGCUGUUUCCUACAGGUUACAAUUUUUACAUUAAGCUAAGCUAAUUGAUUCUGGCCCCGGCACUUUUCUCAUUUAACCUUUGAAAGAAAGAAAAGCAUAUUUCACAAUAUGUUGAAUGAAUUUUUUUAGGAUAUAUGAAGGCUAGGAAUGUCACAAAACUCAUUUAACACACAAAUGAAUGAUAAUGUUUAACAUGUCACGUAAUAAAAAGAAAAACCAAGUUGCAGCUCUGCAACAGGAGUGUCACAUUUGCCUCAGUUUCUACUAUUAACACUGAUAGCAGAGUAAUGACUCAUAAGAGUGUUUGGGUCUUAUGAUACACACAUAAAUAACCUUUUUAUAUUACUGAAAAUACGUCUUACAAAAAAGGGAAACGUGCUAUUUUUGUAAAACUGUGUGUUGUAAUGAAAUGCGACUGGAUUGCAUCGAACUUCAAUAAAGCUUUUUUUA